UGAGGCGCAGACAAGACGAAGAAAGAGGAAACGUCAUGCCUUCCUCCUGCCUGACACCGACCCGGAUCACCUAUGGAAUACAGUAUUUUCCGAACUUGUGCCGGCUUCCGACGUUUCGUCCCGGCCCGGUGCCAACUUCCAUCUUUCAUGCAUGCUGAAGGUCGGUGAUGCGGAUAAGGACCUGCUUGUACUUGAUCGACUCUUGCUUGCCCUGUUCAUCUCUAUUUAUCAUCGCCAGGAACGACACUUGCGCACUCUUGGGUGGAUGGGCCGGCGGCAUCUUGGAGCCCUCGUCGCAAUAGAACCCUCUGGUUCGUCGCGUAUCCGGGGUUUUGCCCUGCACUGCGACUGGACCUGGGGAAGUUCUCGUAACUGCCAAGAGACCAGGGCGUGUCGCCAACUGCGAGCUGGAAAGAGGCUGGUGAAUUCAUGCCAGUCACACCUGCAUGCUAUCGGCAGAGGAGCGGUUUCACAGAGAUGGGUUGGGUCUCGUCAGGUAUCUUGCAUAUUCUGCUCCUUAGACAUCGCACCAACAGCGUUGGUCAGUAUUCUUAGCAUGGACCGUCAUAGGGUCCUCGGGGCAUUUCUUUUUUUGGCCCGACACCUUGCUUUCCUUCCUCUUGACGCCGACCCUGACGCAAACCCCGACAGCACACGAAAAUCUUAACUGGCACAAGUGGUAUAGAUCAUACACAAACACUGGUUUAAAAAGGAAACCCCGGCGC